AUGAUCCGUACAGCUUUUCUGUUCCUUGUCCUCGUCAUCGGGACGCAAGUGCAUGCGCAGCUAGUACCACCGGCGAGGCUCGAUGGUUUCGUUUACCCACCGGGUCGUCGAGUUGACCCGGAUACUAUACUAAUCGAGGCGUUUUUUAACCCGGUUUGCCCGGAUAGUAGAGACGCUUGGCCGCCUCUGAAGCAAGCUCUUAAGCACUAUGGAUCUCGCGUUGCCCUUCUCCUUCACCUCCUUCCUUUACCGUACCAUGACAAUGCAUAUGUAAGCUCUCGGGCUUUACACAUUGUGAAUGCUUUGAACGCAAAUGCUACCUACUGUUUGCUCGAAACCUUCUUUCACUAG